AUGGCAGCCGAGAGUUAUGAUCCGACCGUACCUCUUGACGAGAGCCUCAAAGAGACCGUUACUUUCCACGGGAGAGAAUACCAACAAUAUUCAUUGCAGAAUAAUGUGUACUUCUCUCCCAUAGAUGAAGACGAAGUUGAACGGCUCCAGGUCGCCCAUGAGGCCUUCAGAAAAGUAUUCGACAACCGUUUGAUUUUCCCGCCCGUUCAUCGGUUGAGAAAGGUUCUCGACUGCGGUUUCGGCACAGGGGCUUGGGCGGCCGAGGUUGCCGCGGAGUACCCAAGAUGUGAGUGCCCGGGUAAUAUCGGUAGUGAGACUUUUCAAGAUCACGAUUUCAAUCCGACUGCGUCUCUGGCUUCGAAGACAAAACAGCAGAAGGCGGUUGACGAUUGCGUUUUCGAAUCAUACGCUAGAAUUAAGAAAGAUCACAAAGUCCUCGGAAUCGACGUCAGCCCUCACAUGGCACAAGACGAUGAUCUGCCAAAUCUUGAUUUUCAGGUUGAUGACCUGAAUAGGAGAUUCACAUUCGAUACAGGCGAAUUCGAUCUGGUGCACAGUCAGAUGGUUGCAGGGGGUAUAAACGCUGGACGAUGGAAAAGUUACCUGAAAGACAUGUAUCGAGUAAUACGACCUGGCGGUUGGUGUCAAAUCGUCGAGAUAUAUUACCAAGCACAAUCAGACAACGGGUCUCUAACGGACGGCCAUGGCAAAUCAGACAGUGGACUUCGACAAUGGUCCAAGCUGUACAUGCAGGGCGUCAGCGAUCUGAAAGACCCAAGAGCACCAGUCCGGAUGGAUGCCCUUGUUCGCCAUGCCGGCUUCACGGAAGUCGAGUCGCGAGUUAUGCAGAUGCCAAUGUGCGGGUGGCCAACUGGUAUGACUGCUUUUCUCCGUGGCCAUUGGGUUGUUGCCUUUGCUAACACCGGCAUUAAAGAUCCCCGAAUGAACGAAGUCGGACGAAUAAAUAGGGAAAAUGUGCAGAGAUUGUUGUCAUCGCAGGCGAUGUACAUCUUCACUGAGAAACUAGGAAUGCCUUACGACCAAGCCCAGGUGCUCAUCGCACAGGCACGAUUAGAAGCAAACAACCCGGCAAUUAAGAUGCCCGAAACCGGGUAA